AUGGACUUUCGGGCCAAGUACUGGCUUUGUGGAUUCAUUUCUGCAUCUGCCUUCUUCGAGAUAUUCAGGUCCAAUGCACCUUUGACGAGCAGCAGCUGUUGUCCUUGCCCUCAUCGUGAGGAACCUGUCAAAGUCACGGGAUCACAGGUCGUACCAAUGGCGACGAGCACAGGCCAAGGCAACGCGCAAGAACUUGAGGCUGGAAUGGUUGAAGGCCCUUCGCUCGACGAACCGAAUGCCCUGGAUGCGGAGGCGGCAGAAACACCAGCACCAGCGUCACCAGCACCGGCGGCACCACUCACACGAAGCACACUGACCAGCUCGGGCCACGAGAUGGAUGGGACGGAUGGGUGGCCCAGGCCCUCAGAGUUUGCUGCUUGCAGGAAGAUCUUUCUGGACCUGGGUGCGAACCGCGCCACGCACAUCCGCAAGCUCUUCGAACCAAAGAAGUACAAAAAGUCCCCAUAUCUUCCUAUUUUCGACAAGCUCUUUGGAUCCGGCACCUACCGCACACAACCUUCGUCCGUCACGGGCUUAUGCGCAUUUGGUUUUGAGGCGAACUCGAGGUGGAAAAAAACCCACCGGCAAAUCGAGAAGGCUUACGCGGCGAAAGGAUGGUGGGUGAAGAUCUUGAAUGUUGCUGUGGGCAACACCAGUGGAGAGCGAGUGUUUUACAAGAACCGCAAGCCAAAUGCCGACAAGAAUGCCAAAAGCGACUGGGCUGUCAGCCGCUUUGCCAUCAACUUUCCCAACGCUGCAAAAGCCAAUGUUGCAUUCACCGUGCCCCUGCUUGACUUCCCCACCUGGCUGGAAGUGUUAAACAUGCAUGCCCCACCGGGUCCAAGACUUGUGAAGAUGGACAUUGAAGGCAGCGAGUACGAGGUUCUGCAGACAAUGAUGAACAAGCAACUGCUUUGCGAGAGAGUCAUUGACCAGAUGACGAUCGAGUGGCAUCCUUACAAGGAGGUUGCUGCCGAAGGAGGCGAACUCAAGCAGUUUGUGAUGGCUGGGAAGGGUUGCCGCAUGGGCCCGCAGACCAAUGUUACAGCACUUGACUCGGAGGAUUACCGCGAUGAUGGGCAGCCCUUGCCAUGA